CAACCUUCUUCUGGAUUCCAAUGGUGGUGUUAAUUGCAGUAGUCAAGUCGGAACAGCAGCAUGUUAACCAGCUUCUGUGGUUUGCUUGCCACCCAGCCAGUGGCCCACAUAUUGUGUACACUGGACAGUGUUCUGGUCGCCUGGAUGGAGCACUGUCCAAGAAGAGUAGUACUUCCCCAUUGCCGGGGACGCCUGGACCGGGAGGCAGUUGAUCCGCCCGAGCCGAGGUCCAAGGCCCGCCCGGGGAUCUGCAGAUCCCUUGCUGCUGCAGACCGUCGCAGCUCUUCUUCUCCCGCUUCUUCUCUCUUCUUCUUUCCCUUCAUCUUAAAGGUAUGAGCUUUAUCCUUUUUACCUCCCAAUAUCUCCGGCUUUCUGCUUUCACCUAGUUAGAUCGUUUACCUCCUCCUCCUCCCUCUUCCUCUUACCGUAUCUCUCGGGGGAUCCCCUAGCCUCCCCACCUUAUCUCCCCCGCUCUUGCGCCCGUCCCCGCCAUCGUCAUGUCCGCAUCUCCCUCCGCCGCAAAGCCGAUCCCGGAGGACGUUAAAGUCCCAGAGGUCCAGGCUAUCAACCAGACCGUUGCGCAGCUUCGCUCCCUCGCUGCUGGAGCUGCCGGUGGUGUGUGUGCUGUUGUCGUUGGACACCCGUUUGACCUGGUUAAGGUGCGAAUGCAGACCGCGCAGAAGGGUGUCUACUCGGGCGCAAUAGAUGUUGUGAAGCGGACAGUCGCCCGCGAGGGUCUCGUGCGUGGACUUUAUGCUGGUGUUUCCGCUCCCCUGGUGGGAGUCACGCCGAUGUUUGCCGUGAGCUUUUGGGGAUACGAUGUGGGAAAAACGCUAGUGGGCAAAAUGUCCACCGUUCGCGUGGAGAAUAACAUCCCCCAAUACACUAUCGGCCAGAUCUCGGCUGCUGGGUUCUUUUCGGCCAUUCCCAUGACAUUGAUCACAGCCCCAUUUGAGCGCGUAAAGGUGCUCCUGCAGAUCCAAGGACAGAACCCACCGCCGCCGGGACAGAAGCCGAAAUACUCUGGCGGGCUGGACGUUGUGCGGCAGUUAUACCAGGAGGGAGGCAUCCGCAGUGUUUUUCGGGGCAGCGCAAUGACCCUGGCUCGUGACGGUCCCGGAUCGGCUGCUUACUUUGCCGCAUACGAAUAUAUUAAGCGCACCUUGACCCCCAAGGAUGAGAAUGGCAACGUCACUGGUGGACUGUCCAUGCCGGCUGUCCUGGCUGCCGGUGGAGCCGCCGGUAUUGCCAUGUGGAUUCCUGUUUUCCCUGUCGACACCAUCAAAUCGCGCCUGCAAAGUGCGCCUGGUCGUCCCACAAUCGGCGGCACCAUCCGUACUGUCUAUGCCAGCGGUGGCUUCAAGGCCUUUUUCCCUGGAUUCGGACCCGCCUUGGCUCGAGCGGUUCCUGCCAAUGCUGCUACUUUUGCGGGUGUUGAGCUGGCCCACCAAUUCAUGACGAAGUUCUUCGAUUAAGCACCUGCAAUGUACAGCGUUGUCUGGUGUGGGACGUAUAUCUACGGAUAUACAUUAGAUUGAGCAUUAAGUGGCCCUUGUUUUUCCUGUGAGCAUUUUCCAAGCCUGGAUAUCCUCUGUUUUGAACUUAGACUAGACGUUCUGGUUGUCUGCACUGGUGCUAGCAAUACACAUCAUAUAAAGCAUUCUCUUCACCAGAAAUACUAUUGACAGUUAUUU